AUGGACGUCGACGUGGAAGAGGCGGCGAUGGAGCAAGUGGCGGCUCUACUGCAGCGUCCCGAUCAGCUCGAGAAGCUUCCGGAGCUCAAGAAACGGGCGGACCGCAAAAAAGUGCGUGGAUUCGAGAAAAAUCGCUGAAAAAUGCAGCAAACACAACUUUUCCCGCAGAACAGCGUGAAAACUCUGUCCAGACACCAAAAACGUCGUCUUUUUGCUAAAAAUGACAAAUAAAAAGUUCAAGAGUGCUCAGCGACUAAAUUUUAGUCAAAGUCCCCGAGAAUUGUGUCAGCAUCCGCUGAAAAAGUGCAAAAAUUGCAGCUAGCCGUCGAGGCGAUGCUCCGCACCGGAGUCCAGGGCCAACUCGAGGGGAUUCGGACGGCGAUCGCCCAUCUGCAGACCGCCUCCGAGGAUAUCACCGCCAUUGCGCAGGGGUAGCGUUUUUUUGUCCUAAAAUCAAGUAUUUCAGUGCUUCUCUACCAAAAAACCACACCAUUUUACUGAUUUUCGAAGCAAAUUGGCAACGCUCAAAUUCUCAUUUUUUGGCCAUAGCAGACGACUAGUUUUGACUAAAAAUUCCAAAAUCAGACCGUUUCAAGCUUUCGAGUCAAUAAAACUGUGGCCUAGAACCUGACAACGUGACAAAUUCUCUUGCAGAGUCGAGGACAUUCGCGAACGGCUCAAACCGUUUCCGGCGCUGAAAGAGAAGCUCCGCGAGCUGCGCGACGCGAACGCCCGUCACGGACAAUACGCGGCGGCGAUGGAGAAUCUGAAGCACAUCUUCAAUCUGCAGACGACGCUUCAGGAGAUCCGCAACGCGCUCGAGGACGAGAAGAGCGGCGCGAAUCUGUUGUUGGCGCACAGAAAUAUUAUGGAUUUGGAGAGGGCACGGGACGAACUGCUGGCCGAGGUGCACAAAAUGAGCGGAGCCAACACCGAGAAGGAGCAGAAUGUAAGUAACGCGCAGAAAUGGGACAAUUUGGUGUCUAUCAAUUGUCAAAGAAAUUUGAGGUUUGGCAAAAAAAGAAGAGAAAAGGUUGUUCUACCCGGUUUGAACGCGCGCGCUACCGUAUAUUUGUCCGAUCGCUGCGAGACCCAGCGCUUUUUGACCUGCGCGCGCACGGCGGAACAAUCUAAUCGGUUCUCUUCGCUGCUUUUUCUGUUUUGUUGCUCCAAUGCGAGGACUUUUUCGAGAGGAAUAAAGAGAAAACACUCGAUGCCGGCCGGUUCUCUUCGAUGUUUGUCUUCUUUUUUGGACAUUUGCGAAGUGAUAGUGAUUUUAGUCUUAUUUUGUCAAUGCUUAAUCCACGUUGACUUGAUCUGCCAUAUAAAAUCGUGUGGAAAAAGGGUCUUUUGGUUCUUUGUCACCCAAAGUUGGUGUCCCAAACAACCGGAACCAGAGCUAUAGAAAAACUGUUGUAUUUUUGCAGUUGCUCGUCAACUUCUUCAAAGGAGUCGAUGCAGUGGUGCUGGAACUCUCGAAAAACAUGUGGUUCAUUUUGGGACGGACCCUCGAGAUGGUCAAAGGAAACGAGCACGGAGGCGGUCCGCAGCAAGUCGUCACUUGUCUUCGGAUUGUCGAACGGGAGGAAAGGUUAGCGAAUUCGGGUCGAGAUGCGCCAAUUUCACUCAAAACCAAAGUGAACCCAAUUCCUCAUUCAGAAUCGACAAAUUCUACAUGGACGCGCGCGCGAAGAACUCGUCGGCAUUCGUGCCGCCCGGACGGCCGCGUCGCUGGAAGCAGAUGGCGUUGAGAUGCCUCGAGAAGACGGUGGAAGGACGAGUGGAGGGGAACCAGCUGGAGGACAGGAGCCUCAACAAGGCGUGGCUCGCACGCUACCUCGAAGUGUGCAAGAACGUCAUCAUGGACGAUCUGAUCGUGGCGAAAGCGGCGAUGCCGUGCUUCCCGCCCGACUGGCAGAUCCACGACCGCUACGUGGCAAUGUACCACAACGCCGUCUGCGCUAGGGUUAGUACAUUGGAAUUGAUGUCUUCAAGAGCGUAUAAAGUGCCGAAACCUUACUUUUCUCUAACUUCCAGCUCCGCGAAAUCGCCGCGGACCGCCUCGAAAAGAGUGAAAUCGUGCAGUUGAUGUCGUGGAUCAAGUUCUACGCGUCGGAUCAGAUGCUCGGCGACCAUCGCCUCAAAAUCAACGCCGCCGGUCUUGUGCAGGACAGCCCCGUGCUCACGCGCGGCACAAUUUCAGAGCUCUGCGAAGCGUGCGAACACAAUAAAUGCGAAAGUUGUUUGUAUAAAAUGAGGUUACAGAUUUGUGGAAAUGUCGCGAAACGAUCUACAAUUGUGGCUCAAAAAUACGGUGUCGCAUGAGACGCAUGUAGGACUUUGUGUAUUUUUCUCAACCUACAAUCCACAAAUUUCUAGGAUUGGUACAAAAAUGUGCGGCCGAGCGAGGACAAUCACGGCUACUUCUACACCGACCUUCCGAAUACCGUGUUCGGAAUGCUCAAGGAUACGGUAGGUUACCCCGUGUUCCAGAUUUUUGCGUUUUCGCCCUCUCAGAAACGUCACCGUGUUCGUGGAAAGCGCGCGCGCGCGCGCGCGAAUGUCAAACAUAUAUCCGUCAAAACGAAGUGCAUCUGUUCGUUUUUUCCUGGUUUUCUACGGGGGGAGAAACUACUUUUUUUUGUCACAAACUCUUCGGGACUACGUCAUCCCAGUCGGUCGACAUUCACAUGGAAUUCACGGGCGGCUCCUCACAGAAUUGAGCCAAUUUUGGAGAAAACGUCGGCGGAGAUUCUGGGAUUAGCCGCCGACAAUAUUAGUGAGACGGACCGCGCUAUUUUUGGCCUCAUGAGUUUUGAAGCGUUCUAGAACAUUGUGUAGCAUUCUGUAGCAGUCUGAUACGAUUUGAAGCAUUCUGAAGACACGCCAGUAUAUGUCGGGACCAGAUGAUCAGAUAGAUCUGAAACUUGGCCACAUAAUACUCUCGGAAGCCUGUAAAGUUUGGGUCCAACCGCAACAUUGCAACUAGUCGUGUGCCGUCAAAAAGCCCUCGAAAAGCCUGGGCCGGCCUUUUGCUCUCCGCUCUGAUGAAUGGCAAAGGACAAUUCGUCUGCAUCCCCCGCUUUCUAUUGCAAAUAUCAAGUGAAUAAUUGACCUACCCCAUUGGCAAUUGGCGAAGAAUUUGUAUGCUGAAGGCGAUUGGAGUCGAAAGCACACAAUAUUCCUGUGUGUGUGUGGUUUUGUGGCUCUCAGACCAUUCUGGACAGAAUUAUUUUGAAGUCAGAAGAAGCUCCAAAACGUUUUGGACUUUUCCUCGCUCAAAUGGUAUCUCCCUCGCCGCCCGCCCGCUUCAACAGCACAAAUUCAAUAGAAUUCUGAAGAUGCGUGCAAAGUGGAAUGAUUGGAACUCUUUUCUGAAAAUGUUUAUCGACUUUAGGCUGUUGUCUGCAUGAUCUGGACUCAAUGAGAUUCUGGAAAACUUGAACGGAUUAGCUCAAGAUUCUUCAAAAUCCCCUUAACCGCCAUUAAUACAAAACAAGUGAAUCACUUCUUCAUUCUAAACAAUUUUCCCUUCUUUCAUCAUCAUCAUCAUGAGCAGUGGGCGGUUACCCCCCUCCCGUAUAAUUGAAUUAACAUCUCAAAAACGGGGAGCACCACAGUCUAUCUCUUUUUUCUUGAAUGGAUAAUAGAAGAAGAAGAAGAAGAAGAAGAAGAUAAAGUGCUCGAAGGAACCCUUUUCUCGCGAAAAAUUGGAUCGGCACACACAAGUGACGCCACUUGUGAUGGGGGCUGGUUAAUUAGUAGUGGUGGUAGUAGUAUCUUUCGUUUUUUUUCUCUCUCUCUCUCUCUCUUUUGUGCAGCACAAAGAACCGAAGCACUUGGAGUAUUUGAAAAGGUUCGCGAGGAAGUUGACGCCGCACAAAUGA